AUGGAGGAGCUGGUAGAGGAUGACAUCUGUAUUUUGAACCAUGAAAAAGCAGACAACGCUCAUAAGAGAGACGGGGAGAUUCCUGUUUCAUCUUACAGUGGAGACGAGUCUGUUGCCUCACACUUUGCACUUGUCACUGCAUAUGAAGAUAUCAAGAAACGACUAAAGGAGACGGAGAAGGAGAACUCCUUCUUAAAAAAAAGAGUGAGAAUUCUAGAAGAGAAGCUGCUUGGCUCCCGACUAGAAGAGGAAUGCAGUUCAGUUGGACGUGAACAAGUAAACAAGGCAUACCAAGCCUAUCGAGAGGCCUGCAUUGACCGAGAUAACCUGAAAAGCAAACUGGAUAAAAUGAUGAAAGAAAAUGCGGACUCCUUGAAAAUCUUGAAUGAACAGUUGCAGUCUAAAGAAGUGGAGCUGUUACAACUAAGAACUGAAGUGGAAACUCAACAAGUGAUGAAAAAUCUGAAUUGUACUCAGUCCAGCUGGGAAAUAGAGAAGCUGAACAAUGACCUGAAAGUGCAUAGUCUGGAACAGGAUCUAGAACAGCUCAAGCAAGAAUGCAAUAGUCUCAGAAAGGAGUUGCAAAAAUCCAAGCAGAAGGACCAGGCUCAAGAUGAAAAUCCGUUAAAUGGAGACCUCCUUCAAAGGCAAGACAUCCAGAGUGUGCAACAAGCAUACUGGGAUCUGAAGAGAGAAAUGUCUAAUUUGCAUCUAGUGACUGACAUGCAAGCUGAGGUUCUACGAAAACUGAAAACAAAACCAACAGCGACCAAGAAAGCUGCCUCUACUGCACCAGUACAAUGUGUUGACUUGAACAUUUCAAAGCUGAAUUUGAUGCCUGGGGUGGUCUAUAAAAAACUCUCACCAAAUGAUCAAGUACUCUGCAAUGCUGUGUCUGCCCCUCUGCCGAGAGAUGGAAAAAUCCCAUCUGAAAGGGUGGCCCUACAAGCAUGGACAGAUGAGCGACCCAUUCCAGUUGAUGGCAAAACAUUUCAGGAACACCAUUCUUACGGAAGGAGCUCUCUGGAAGAUAAUUCCUGGGUAUUCCCAAGUCCUCCAAAGCCUAACGAGAAUGUGUUUUGGGAAAUGAAAAAUAAAAUGGCUUUGUUAAACUGUCCAGCAGAUUACCUGGAUCAGUGUAAUCAAAACUGUCUGCACAAGAGCUAA